AAGAAGGAGGAUAUCGCUUAGGUAGAUACGAGACAGCCAGACUUCCGGAAAAGCAACUGGUGUAACUUUAAUGGACAAGGAAGAGACAUUUGUUGAGAUUUAGUCUUGGUAUCGCGUCUACUUUUCCUUUGUCCCGGGGUCGGGUUUCUCUUUUUUAUAUCGGUAAAAUGCCUUUGUUUUCUCAAAACCCCUUUGACCAAGAUGUCGAGAAGGCAACAAAUGAAAACAACACAACAGAUGACUGGGGUCUUAUAUUGGACAUCUGUGACAAGAUUGGAACGACAUCUAAUGGACCAAAGGACAGCUUGAGAUCCAUAAUGAAGAGAGUCAACCACAAAGUGCCUCAUGUUGCCAUGCAGGCCCUCAAUUUGCUGGGUGCUUGUGUAUCAAACUGCGGCAAAAUAUUCCAUUUGGAAAUCUGCUCAAGGGAGUUUUCAGCUGAAGUACGGAGUGUGUUAAACAAGUCCCACCCUAAGGUGUCUGAAAAGCUAAAGGCAAUGAUGGUGGAGUGGGCAGAGGACUUCCAGAAGGAUCCACAGCUCAGCCUGAUUGGUGCCACCAUCAAGAAUCUGAAAGAGGAAGGGGUCAGCUUCCCAGCAGCCUCCUCACAGGGAUCCAGCACAAAGGUCAGCACACCUGCUGCAAGCAAAGCACCAGACGAGGAUGACCUGGCCAAGGCCAUUGAGCUAUCCUUACAGGAACAGAAACAGCCAGCGGAAACACGACCUCUGAUCCUGACCUCUGACCCACCACACAACACUAACGGCGGCGGAGGGCAGGACAUCCGAAAAGCGCGCGCACUGUACGACUUCGAAGCAGCGGAAGACAACGAGCUCACCUUCAAAGCUGGAGAACUUAUUAUAGUUUUAGACGACAGUGAUCCAAACUGGUGGAAAGGAGAAAACCACAGAGGAGUUGGGCUUUUUCCCUCAAAUUUUGUCACAACCAAUUUGAAUGCUGAUCCAGAGCCAGUGGCCUAUGUUGAGAAGUUAGCCACUCCCGAGGAGAGUUUGGAAACCAAAGCUGAGCCUGAACCUGUCUACAUUGACGAGGCAAAGAUGGACAGAUCGCUGGCGCUCUUGCAGAAUGCAGAUCCUGCAGAUCCGACUCCUGACUCUUUGGAGCUAAUCCAUCUGGAAGGUGCAUGUGAACAGAUGAACCCACUGAUUGAUGAGAAGCUGCAAGAGAUCGACAGGCAUCACUCUGAGUUGUCAGAAUUGAACCUGAAAGUUAUGGAGGCCUUGGAGCUUUACAAUAAGCUCAUGAACGAAGCUCCUUACUAUGCUGCGUACUCCAAGAUGCAGUCACAGUACGGCCCAGCUGGCUCUUCUGUGCCCAUGCAGGGUUACCUUGGACCUGCUGGUGUCCCAUAUCUGCCCCCAGGUAUCCCCCAGGUUCCUUCUGCGCAGCCUUACACUCUGCCCAAUGACCAGCCUGGUCCGCUACACUCAAUGCCCCCCACCGUCACAGCACCCCCCAGCUGCCAGGCUGCUCAGCCUUCCUACAUGAGCACCGGGAUGAACUCUCAAUACAUGACCCAAGCUCCUGGAGCUCCGUACCCAGCCCAGGCGGGCGUGACCAUGGAUAUGUCGACCUAUCACAACGCUAGCAUGCCUCCUGUGUCUUAUCCUGUUGUUACUGCUCCUCCUCACCAGGCUCUUCCACAGCAGCAGCAGGCAGCGUAUUAUCAGCAGCAUUUGCUGUAAACAUCUGCCAGCAGAGCUUUAACUACACUCUUCUGGUCAAUCAUCUAAACUUCUGUGUUUUUUUUUUUUCUGCUUUAGGAUACAUUAUUUGGCCUUAAAAUGUCUUGUCUAGCUGAACUGACAGCAGUGGUGUGAGCAGCUGAGGUGAAUGAAAUGUGUGUAUGUGUGAGACCCAGGUGUGGUGAGCGCCUGAGUUAGGAUUCAGCUGUCGGUGAGGCAGGACAUGGUGGUCUCCACAAGACGACACAAAACACUUAUGGUUUUACCCACCUAUUAUUUAUCUAAUGUACAGAUUAACAGAAUUUCACGAUUCCAUGCAGUGCUAUUUCCAAAACGAGCUUUGAAGAAUUUACUCUUGACUGUAAUGUUUUGAGCUGGAUACAGGUGGUCGGAGAGCAUUACUAUAGAUGGAAUGGAGUCUUGAGUGAUCCUUAUAUUUUACCUUCACACAACCUUUUUUGAACUGGUCAUGUAGAAAAAGCAGCGCAGCAGCUGCAGCCUCCUGUCAGUGUCUGCCAGGAUUAGGCUCUCAGCCCGCUAAAAGAACAUACACAGGCAGGAAUAAACCAAUCCUUAAUUUUCAUGCAACAUGCAAACAGAAGGCAAGGCUUCACAUGAGCCAAAUCUAUUGGUGAUGUUAAGGGUGGCAGUCAGAGCGAUGUACUUCUUCAUUCGGACGUGUGAGAUGCAUGACUGGAGCCGGAAAGUGUCUGGUACAAAAAGGCAGUCAGCCGACUGUAGCGGCGAGGGUAAACAAAGCAGAAAACACCAGAUGUACGUGGGCAGGGAGAACUGGGCUCUUCCUAAAUGCGUGGGCAGGGAGAACUGGGCUCUUCCUAAAUGCACAUGAAUAACAAAGCACGCAUGAUAAAGUAAAGCUGUGAAGCUAUGGGACAGCUAAAUGGGAAUUUCAGGUUCAUUUACAGCAGCUCAAAUUGAACUCAUCUGAAUUGAUUUGAGAACUUGUCUGUCUCCAAAGCCAGCUCUUCAUCUCACCAGCAUCUUUUUUUUCUUUUUUUUAAUGUCACAAAUGUUUUUGCAUUACUGUAAAAGAAUCACAGACCACUUUCCCAAAACCUCACUGCCUUGCGUUCCGCGGUUGUGUUAGAGAUAUUUAUGGAAACCAAAGCUUUGUGCUUUUUGCGUUUUGAUGAUUUAUGUGUCAGAAGUUCUUCAUUAUAAAUCAAGAGUGGAGUUUCAAAGGCUUAUCAAAUUAUAGGGUGAACUACUCACCUUUCUUAGUUUGUUAAUCUUAAAUAAUGCUGCAUCCUCUGAAUGUUAUUACAUCUGUACUUUUCUCUCUCCAUGAGUAGGGUCUCUUUAAUUCAGUGGAGCUGAAGAUUCUGUUUAUGCAAUAUGUACAUUACUGAAAUCUUUAAUUUCAUAACAAUUUCACAUAUAUAUAUAUAUAUAUAUAUAUAUAUAUAUAUAUAUAUAUAUAUAUAUAUAUAGUGUAACUUGCAUAGUUAAAACUAGCUAUAUGUGCUUUUACUUUGUCUUGGUUAUUUGCUUGUGGAACAGCCGUUUUCAGCAAUAUCUCAACGUGAGACACCAUGUUUUAAACCUGUUGUUGCUUUUCAGUUAAAAUGAACGUAGCGUUCAUCCAAUCUCCAACCAUGUUCCAGUGACCCUGUAAGUGAUUUUAUUUGUGUUGUAUUUCUACUUGGGACCCUGCAUUUCUAGGAGUUGUACAUUAAAUGUAAAAUACCUGGAUUUAUGUUUCCGUGUUGAUAUUGCACCUUAGCUUUGUAAACAUUUAUUUACCACUAAAUGCCUUCAUUUUCUUUUCUUCUUUAGAAAUCAAAUAAUGACAAACGCAUCUUUGGCUAGCAACGUCAUUGCAUUUGUAUAAUUCUGUACAUUUGAAAUAUUCCAGGAAAGGUUUCUUUAUCCGGAAUUUUAAAACUGCUUUUGUAACAGAGCAAACAUAAAUAUUCUUUAAAAUAAAAGAAGAUUACUUAUAUCAACAA